GCUGGUUCAGCGCUUCAACUCACUACAAACACCACCCCAGUUGAUGGCAGAACCGGCUGAAAAAUCUGGCUCGAGUCAGCAGGGCAAAUUGAAUGAUGCAAAUAAUCAUGAACAUACGAACUUGGCGGAUAGGACGACUCAGUCCCUGCUGAACUCGUAUAUCUAUGAUUAUCUCGUAAAGAAAAACUACUGGGAAGCAGCACAGGCAUUUGGGCAAGAAGCCCAAGUCCAAACAUUGAUGCGACCUUUAAAUAAAAAUACAGCGACAUCCGAUAAGCAAGCAACUUCGUCCCCGGCAAACGUUAAGCGGGAGAGCCCAAACUUGAAUGAUCCACAGAACCCUGAUCUUGCUAAGCAAGCUUCUAACCAUCAUGAAUCAGGAAGAGACCCACCUCCACCUCCAGUAUUACCAAUUGAUUCCUCGGGUGGUUUUUUGAUUGAAUGGUGGAAUGUAUUCUGGGACAUUUAUAAUGCUCGCAGAGGGAGUGGUUCUGAACCUGCAAAAGAUUAUAUGUCUCAUAUUAGCAACUUAAGGAAAAAAUCUUAUAUGAAUAUGCAACUUCUACAAAAGAAUUUGAUGCAAUCCGGACCUCCGAACGGUAUGUACCAGGUACCCACCGCUCCUCAGAUGUACAAUGGAGACCCUAUUCAUCAUUUUGAUUCGUCGAGGAUGUCUCAUGGAAAUGGAAUGCUUAUGGAUAGAAAUCGUCAUCAGCUAAUGCGUCAAGCUGUAAUGAACAAUCAGGGUAGAGAAACAUUCCCUCCUACCGCUGCUCAGCUUCAACAAUUAAAACAACUACACUAUCGUCAAUUACAACCACAAAAGCAGCAAGCAGAUAAUUUAAACGUGAAUCAGGCACCUCCUGUAUUUCCUUCUCAUGCUUCUAAUCGCCAAUCUAAGACACCGCCAGUCAUGGGACCUGUCACCCAUGAGUCUUUUUCUUCAGCACAGAAGAAUCAUGUACCAGAAUUCAGAAACUAUCAAGCUCAUGGAAUUACAGAUACUAAUGCAAAUCCCACGACUGCAACUGAUGCUUCCAUACCGGGUCGAAGACUAAGUCGGCCGCUUACGCCUAGUUCGAUUUCUCAACCCCCGGUUUCUUAUGAUCCUUCAUUGACGAAUUCGGGAAAUUUUGUGGUUCCAGGAAAUUCUGCUCAACCUCUGCUUCAUGAGGUAAAUUUCCAAAACAGUGGACCAUUUCAACAAAGGCAAGUUAUGCCCUCUUACUCCAAUCCCUCUUUGCAGCAAAAUGGUGCAGAUAAAGCUCCUAUACUUCCACAACGUUCUAGUGCGUCAGUACCCCAGCCAAGUCAAUAUGGCUUCCAACCACCGACUCCAUAUGGGCAGCCAAUAUCCUACGGCAUGAAUGCACCUUCUGCUCCGAAUAACGCAAAUCCAGCUUUAAAAAACUAUAUGGAAGAAUUGAAAUUGCUUGAACAACAAAAUAAAAGACGAUUGCUUUUGGUUCGGCAGGAGAAGGAACGCCGCAUGUAUCAAUCAACAUCACCAGAAAACAGAAAUUUUCCUGCGCAUCCAGAGUUGAAUUCUGGGGUUCCUUUGAAUGCUAUUCCCAAGCCAAACGAAAAACAACCUGAAAUUACGUCUUCUGAAAAUAUCAUUACUAACCCUGAUGUUACAUCGAUGGCAGCCCCAAGCCGUCCAAGGAUGUCGGAUCCACGUGCUUCUCCGUAUCCUGCCGAAAGAAACGUAUCGUUAAAUUAUACCGGUCUUAUGUCUAGCCCUGCGGAUACCGCUAUGCAAUCCCCGGAUUUUAAUAAUCCACUGAAUCGCUCGAGAAGGCCAACUCCCUAUCGGGAUUCACCUACGGGAGGGAAAACAAAGAAAAUUCGUCAGUCUAAUCCUCCCACUGCGGAUACUACUAAUGUGAUUCAUCCUCAAAAGGAUGAUCGAUCAGAAUUAGAAUCAGCCUCUGCCGUUUCUUCAGGUGAUGUAUUAAUGAAAGACAUUGGCUUUUCAAAUAGUAGUACAACUAUGCAGAAUGGUCAACAGUUUCAAGCAAAUCAAAGAAAUUCAAAGGAAACCGGAGAGGAUAACUCAUCUUUAUCGGAUCCUGUGAAUAAUUUGGAAAAGUCUUCUAAUGUUCCUGUCUUAGAUGUUCCAGGAUCUACGGAUCUUGAUGCAUCUUUAUUAAACGAUUUUGAUUUUGACAAAUUCCUCAAAGAUACUAGCACAGCAGAUGACUUUGGAUUUGGAUUGUUUAAUAUGCCGGAUAAUGCUGAUCAAACAACUGAUUAGUACCAUGCUUUAAAAUAUCUACUUCUUUUUGUUUAUAUCUCUUUUGCUACUCAUUUAUUUUCCUUUUUUUUUUUUGUUGUUUUAUGGCUUGCUUUUGUUUAACAUGUGCCUCUUCAUGUUACAAAUAGCGCUGGGUAUGAACGUUCUUUCUAUGAUUUUUAUUUUAUGUUCACCGUUGUAUCAGUGUUUGUUAUUCUAUGUUCAAUGGAGACCAUAACACAUUAUGCAUCACAAGAAUGCUCCCAUUCCGUCUUUUAUGUACCCUUUUUUGCAAUAAAUUGUGUAGUUAUUUCGUUUCCUAACUGUAUACUAGAAAAUACAAGAUAUUGUUCUGCGAAAUUAGUAAUGCUGAAGUAAUAUUGGUCUAAAAGAGCUGGCUAUAAAGUAUGGGC